GCGCGGCAACAGCUCCUCCAUCUCAACGCCAUCCAAUUCACCUCUCGCUCCGACCUCCGUCCUUGCACCAAGGCAGAGCUACGCCCUUGCUCUACUUACCCCCAGCCAUCUUCCGUGUCCUAAAUCUCCGCCAUGUCCGGCUACGACAGAGCGCUGUCCGUCUUCAGUCCUGAUGGACACGUCUUCCAGGUCGAGUAUGCGCUGGAGGCCGUCAAGAGAGGUACCUGCGCCGUUGCCGUCAAGGGCAAGGACAUCGUCGUCCUCGGAUGCGAGAAGCGCUCCGCCAUGAAGCUCCAGGAUACCCGUAUCACGCCUUCCAAGAUCUGCCUUGUAGACACGCACGUUGCGCUCGCCUUUGCUGGUCUUAACGCGGAUGCCCGCAUCUUGGUCGACAAGGCUCGGUUAGAGGCCCAGUCGCACCGUCUCACCGUCGAGGACCCCGUUUCGAUAGAGUACAUCACCAAGUACGUUGCCGGUGUUCAGCAGAGAUAUACCCAGAGCGGUGGUGUCAGGCCGUUCGGCAUUAGCACGCUCAUCGUCGGCUUUGACCCCAACGACAAGACGCCGCGCCUGUACCAGACGGAGCCUUCUGGCAUCUACUCGGCAUGGAAGGCAAACGCCAUCGGCAGGUCGAGCAAGACGGUCCGCGAGUUCCUCGAGCGCAACCAUAAGGCGGACAUGGACCGGGAGGACACUAUCAAGCUCACGGUCAAGUCGCUGCUGGAAGUCGUGCAGACUGGUGCGAAGAACAUCGAGAUCGCUAUCAUGGCGCCCGGCAAGCCCCUGGAGUUGCUCCCCGUUGAGGACAUCGAGAGGUACGUCGAGAGCAUCAACACGGAGAAGCAGGAGGAGGCCCAGACGAGACGGACCGGUAGGACCCCAGGCACCGGCACUGCCGCUAUCCUCACGCGCCCAUCCGGCGAGGGACAGAGCCAGCCUUAGAAUAGGCAUGGUCCAGGGGGUGGUUGCGGGCAAUGGCGUUUAUGAUAGAGAAGUUCUCGAGCACGUCUUAUCAAGGUACUGCAGAAGGCAUGGACGGUAGUGUCAAAACAUUUACCUUU